AUGGGCAGCUCUCGAGCGACAAAAGCUAUAUUGGCACUUUGCGCACUGUGGAUGCAUUGCACUAGAUUUGCAGACGCAUUUCUUUGCGACCUCGGAGAUCCAUAUGGGCUACGUGGGAACAAUGCUCUCGUUAAGUGUCACCUAGACGUCGAAGUAUUUGGCUCCGCAACUGCGAUAUGCCCUCGCCGAGUCAACGACACCGAGUAUGUCUGGCAUCCUCAACCAACGUCCGAUGACUACUCUCAUAUCAACACGUACGUUAGUGAAAAUGGCAAGCUUGCUUCUGCUGCGCUUUCGGAUGUGAUUCGCAGUGAGUCGGAGAAUCCGUUUAUCUGGUUCGAAUCCAACCAACGAGAAACGGAAUUGCAUCUAGACUUAUCAAUCCACAAAUUGUUUGCAAUUACUGAACGCCAAUUUUUAUUCAUAUGCGGUCCACGAGAUUUGGUUUUUAGUAAUACGCUGCAACGUCACCUGGACCGCCUCAGUGUUUCUCAACCAGAUACCCUGACUUGGAGUCCAGUCACUCCAUUGACUCAGGAAAUAGCGAAGAUAGGGCAUGGGUUGGGUAUAUUGUUCUUGCACAGAGGAGACACCCAUCUACCUCUUCAAGGUUGUGGGAGUCGCCCGUCGCCACUGUUCGCCACGGACGAGGUGACUGUAGACCCUGUAACCGGAACACGUUCGUGCGUGGUGGAUUCUAUGUCAAGAUUGCCCAUCGGAUUUGUUUGCGAAGGCACUAUUGUGCCUGAUGAUUGCAUGAGAUCUCUCUUAGACAAAAAUGGAGGCGUUGCUACUGCCCCUCGACCAUACCCAUAUCGGGGGUUCGGUAUCCAUAGGCCUUGGGUGGUGGCACGAUAUUUUAAUGAAUUAGCAUUACCGCCAAUCAAUGGCGAAUGCAGAUGCAUAGACCCCCAAACAGGUCGCGUAAAGGCCAGAAUAGAAAUCCGUCCGAAAACCGAGUACGUCUGUGAUGUUACUAACAUGAUCUUGCGCAACCAUCUCCGUCAGAUCCGUGGGCAUUGGUGUUCGGUAGUACUCCAUCCCGGCAGCACACUUACCAUAAGGUUCCCCGCAGAGGAUGUGGAUACGGAGUCCUCCGAUGAAGAUGCCCAGCCUGGCAUGCCCCCUCAAAAACGGCCUAAGUAUUUAUUCGAAACUGGAUUCACACCGAAGGACUUGACGACAGUGCGACAGGUAGCAUCGGUUUAUGAUGAUAUAUAUGAUGAAGUCUUGUACCACGAAGCAAUUGCUGGUGAUGCGCUUGAAUGGGAUGCUUCCAAAAUUUCCCGUGGGGAGGUAAAACUGACGUUCCAUGAGAACAAACCUCUCACAUCACUAGGAGGGCAAAACUCGUUCUCUUUCCACUGGGCACUGAAACCUAUAAAUAAGUAUGUCUUUAAAAGCAUAUUUGCCACAGUGAACGUAUCCUUUGCCUUUACGCAUUAUUACAAGCUGGUUGGUUGUGACAGCAGGACAGAGAGUGUAUUUGACCCAGACAUGAGCAGGACGUACUGUUCAGUCCAAUCGAUGGGAAAUGAUAUUGGAGCAACAUACGAGUGUCUCUACCAUAUAACGUGGGACGGUUGGCAGGCGGGUAUUUACUGCAGACCAGACGAAGAGCUGCUGCCGGAUAACUGUGAGUCCACAGGAUACGAUCUCUACUCAAACCGGAUAGUCCCAUCGCCUGCGUCUGUGCAUAAUGUGACGCCUCGGCCCAUUGGAGGAUUUCAGGUGUUCGACGUUGACUUAAACGAUGAUAGCCCUAUCAGUUAUGCUUGUAUCUGUGUCGACGAAAGCGGAUACGAAACUUCUAGGCUUGUUUUGGCGCACAACCAUAACGAAGAUCACACCUAUCAAGUGCUCCGAGAAGAGAAUACCCGCACAUUACUCCCUUACUUACUGCUACCUUGGCGUGAGGCCGAGUCAUUAGGUGAAGGCGUUGUGUCAACAAAAUCGCUUAUGAUAUACCAUGUACCACAGAAGUCCAUUGCUCUACAACUGGGCAAGACAAUGCUCAUGACUUGUGGGAUUGGUUUCGUCGCGUCUUUGGAAGUAGGGGAAUUACCAAAUUAUCGAGCAACUGUGGACAGGAUAUCUACAACUUGGCUGCCAGAGAACGUUGAAGAAUUCUACUAUACCGUCAAACAUACUACACGUGGACCUGAACUCAUUCGUAAGAAAUACCAAGAUUCCUUAACUACCACUCAGAGUGCGUUGGAAACCGUUUACCUACCAUACUCGAAGAGUCUUGGAUAUUCAAAAUUGACAAUCAAAACACGCAGAAGCGGUAUUUUGAUUUCCAAAGAUCCACUUCACCAGAAAUACGUGCCAAUGACGUUCGUCUGCGGCAAAACACCCGAACCAGCGGAUUUAUCCGUGGUCACUCGUAAUGCAUCGACUUCAGACACAUCUGCGCAGCCCCUUCCUAGUGUCAUGAGGUUGUCAAUGGGAUACACGUGGAACGUGGUCGAAGUUGCCGUCGAGACCACAGACCCCUAUAUGCAAGGAUGCGGCGUUACCUACGCGUCCACUGAGUUGUUCAAGCCUGAAACGCCCAAACUCUACAAAGCCCACGGACAACUCAAGUUCGGUUGCAAGAUCGAUCUUCAAGCUGCCAAGGAAGCUGCGUUCUACUGCCCGGCGCCAUACGUCCUGGACCCACCCAAUUGCUUCAGCCAGGUCUACAUGGACGGUGAAGGAAGGAACCUAAGCGACCUCAGCAAAUCAUUGGUAUCCUCACAUUCCAACCACUUCGUCAUCCUGCAGUUCGACGAUUCACUCGUAGGACCCGGGGAGACGUUGCGCCAGGCGCCUCCGUUGGAGUGCCGCUGCGUCACCGUAAAGGGUGUCUUUCUCUCCACCAUCCAGAUUGAGAACUACUACGCCAAGCGAUGA